CGGAGACUAAUUUACUUUGAAAGUAUCUGCGGUGCGUCAACACCUCAGAAAACUGGAUACGCACACGACGUUAAGCAUCUUUUAGGACGGCUUUUCCGGACGCAGUACGUGUACUGUACGACUUGGCUUGAGUUAUUGACCAUGAAUCUGGACGCGGUUCAUGAGAUGAAUUCUUUCGGUGACCAGAUAGUGAUGCCUGCUCAUACUAAUAACAUCAUGGAAGAAAAUAUACCAUACGAGGCUGCAUACAGUUAUGAUGAACUGUUUCCAUCUUUGCCAGAGAAUGAAGUUAAACCUGAAGUUCCUGUUGUAGACAUGGGUCAGUGGACACAAAAAAUGAAACUUAAAUCUUCUGUAAUUACUCAGGUAUUCCAUGUACCUGUGGAAGAACGGAAGUUUAGAGAUAUGAAUAGCCAACGUUUUGGAGAGCAAGGUGAGCAAGCAAAAAUCUGUGCCGAUAUCAUGCAAAAGACUGGUGCUCAUAUUGAAAUAAGCUCUUCUAAAGAUCAGAGCCUCACCAUCUUGGUCACUGGAAAGGAAGAAGCAGUACUUAAAGCACGUCGGCAGAUUGUUAAAGAAUUGCAAACACAGGCUAGCAUAAGCAUUCCCAUCCCUAAAGAACACCAUCGUUUUAUUCUUGGGAAAAGUGGUAAGAAAUUGGCUGACCUGGAAUUAAGUACUGCAACAAAAAUCACUGUACCGCGCCCAGAAGACAAUUCGGACCUGAUCAAGAUCACCGGUACAAAAGAAGGCAUCGACAGAGCUCGACACGAAAUUCAAUUGAUUUCUGAUGAACAGGCUAAAUUGGCUUUUGAGCGACUUGACAUUCCAAAAGUUUAUCAUCCAUUUAUAUUUGGGCCUUUUAAUGAAGUUGUUAAUCAAAUUACAAGUGAAACUGGUGCCAGAAUUAAUAUUCCUCCUCCAUCUGUUAUGAAAAAUGAACUUACUGUUGCUGGAGAAAAAGAAGCUGUUGCUCAGGCUAAAGAGAAGAUUCUGCAAAUUUAUGAAGAGCGAAAAAGAAAUUGUCAAGUUGUUUCUGUAGAAGUUCCUAAAAACCAGCAUAAAUAUAUCAUUGGCCCCCGUGGACAAACUAUUCAAGAAAUAUUAUAUGAAACUGGAGUAUCUGUUGAAAUGCCUCCUCCUGAUGUGCAGUCUGACACUAUUACCUUAAGAGGAGAGCAAGCAAAAUUGGGACCUGCUUUAACUCUUGUUUAUUCCAAGGCAAAUAGUGUCAAAACUGCACAUGUCAAUGCACCCAGUUGGCUACACAAAUAUAUCAUCGGUAAAAAGGGAGCAAAUAUUAAGCAACUGACUCAGGAUCUUACAAAGGUUCAAGUUGAUUUUGCUGAUGGACAUGAUAGUAUUAAAGUUGAAGGACCACCUGAAGAAGUUGCUGAAGCUAUUAAAAAAUUAGAAGAAAUGACUGCAAAUCUAUUGAAGCAAGUUGCUUAUGAAGAAGUUAGAAUAAAACCAGCUUACCAUCGUCAUAUAAUUGGGAAAAAUGGUGCUAAUAUUAAUAGGUUAAAGGAAGAAACAAAAGCACUUAUCAACAUUCCAUCUGAUGCUGAUAGUGACAUCGUACGCAUUGAAGGUGAUCCAGAAGGAGUUGCUCAAGUUAAAAAAAUGCUUCUGGAUAUGGUAAACAAAAUGGAAAAUGAAGUAUCGAAGGAACUUAUUAUUGAGCAGCGCUUUCAUCGUAAUAUUAUUGGUGCCAAAGGAGAAGAAAUUAAGAAAAUUCGGGACAGAUUCAAUCUUGUUAAUGUUGCAUUUCCUGAGCCUGGUCUAAAGAGUGAUAAAGUUGUUAUUCGUGGACCAAAACAAGAUGUUGAUGCCUGCUAUAAAUACUUGCAACGCUUGCAUGAAGAAAUGAAGAUAAAUAAUUUCAGUGUAGAUGUUCCAAUCUAUAAGCAAAAUCACAAAUUUAUAAUUGGCAAAGGUGGUGCAAAUAUUAAAAAAAUAAGAGAUGAAACCAAUACUAGAAUUGAUCUUCCUUCAGAAGGCACUGAAUCUGAUGUUAUCACUAUCAGAGGUAAAAAAGAGGAUGUGCUGUUGGCUAAGGAAAAAAUUUUAGCUAUUCAAGAAGAAUUGGAUAAUGUAGUUACGCAAGAAAUAAUGAUCCCAGCCAAGCUGCAUAAUUCUAUUAUUGGUACAAAAGGUAGAUUGAUCCGAUCUAUUACAGAAGAAUGUGGUGGAGUAACCAUUAAAUUUCCUACUGGUGGUACAGGUAGUGAUAAAGUAUCAAUUCGUGGUCCCAAAGAGGAUGUACAGAAAGCCAAAAAACUUCUUUCAGAGCUGAAAAAUGAAAAACAACUGACAAGUUACACUGCUGAUGUCAAAGCAAGACCAGAACAGCAUAAAUUUUUGAUUGGGAAGAAUGGUGCAAAUAUUAAAAAAGUUCGUGAAAAAACUGGAGCAAGAAUUGUUUUUCCAAAUGAAAAUGAUGAAGACAGAGAUACUAUUACCAUCAUUGGUCGCAAAGAGGAAGUUGAAGCUGCAAAGAAGGAAUUAAUGGACAUGAUUUCUGAUUUGGAAAAGACUGAUCAGAUAACUGUAGAAGUGGAUCCAAAACAUCAUCGACAUUUUGUUGCAAGACGGGGUGAAGUGCUGAAACAAAUUGGUGAUGAGUUUGGUGGAGUGACUGUCAGUUUUCCUAAAAAUGGAAGUAAUAUUAGCACUGUGUGCUUGAAAGGUGCAAAAGAUUUCCUUGAAGGGGCCAAACAACGUUUACUUGAAAUAGUUGAAGAUUUAGAUGCCAUGGAAACUAUUGAAUGUGUUAUUCCACAAGAACAUCAUCGUACUGUGCUGGGAACACGAGGAUCUAAAGUGCAGAAUAUUGAACGUCAGUUCAAUGUGAACAUUAAAUUCCCUGACAGAGAAAAACCUGGAGAAAGCGAAAAAAUUACUAUGAAUGGGGAAUGCCAUAGUGAUGAAAACGAAACUGAUAAAAAUCAGAAGAAUAUUAUUUUAAUUAAAGGAAGACCAGAAAACUGUGAAGCUGCAAAACAAGCCUUAUUGGAUCUUGUGCCAGUUACUGAAGAAAUGGAAGUGCCAUAUGAUUUGCAUCGUUUUAUAAUUGGACAGAAAGGCAAAGAUGUUCGAAAUAUGAUGGAAAUGUAUGAUGUUAACAUCAUUAUUCCACCCCAGAAUGAACAUUCAGAUGUCAUAACAAUUAAGGGUCCGCAAGCAAAUGUUGAUAAAACAAAAGCAGCACUUAAAGAACGAAUAGAGCAACUGGAGUUGGAAAAACAGGAUAGACUUCUGCGAAGUUUCCAGUUAACUGUGGAAGUCGACCCACAACAUCACCCAAAAAUUAUUGGUCGUGGAGGAGCUAUAAUUUCAAAGAUAAGAAAAGAUCACAAUGUAAAUAUUAAUUUCCCAGAACGUGAUGGAGCCAAUGAUCGAAUUAUUACCAUAACUGGGUAUGAAAAAGACGCUGAAGCUGCCAAAGAAGACAUCCUAAAAUUAGUGCAAGAACAGGAAGAUAUGUAUAAGGAAGAAGUACAAAUUGAUUCCCGCAUCCAUUCUCGUAUAAUUGGAACUCGAGGCCGUAACGUUCUGAAAAUAAUGGAUAUGUAUAAAGUUGAUAUUCGCUUCCCUCGACCAUCUGAUCCUGAUCCAGAUCUGGUUGUAAUUCAAGGAGCUGAAGAUGAUGUAUUAGAUGCUAAAGAUCAUCUUCUGAACUUGGAAGAGGAAUAUCUUCAAGAUAUGCGAGACAGAGAUUCUUUGAGGCAGUACACGGCUCCUCCAAGUCGCAAUGGUAACCAGGAAUCGGAUAAUCGAACCAACGACAAAGGCUUUGUUGUCAAAGGUGCCCCUUGGGACAAGAGGAAAGAUGCAGCUCCAGAUACCACUAAUACUCAAGAGUUCCCGUCCUUCGGCUCCGGGGGAGAUAUGCCCCCCAAGCCAGUUGCCUGGGGCCCCUCACGCCGCUAAAAAUUAUAUUUUCUGCAAUUGAUUCUGCAUCUCCUUUUUGGCAUAUAAAGGAGUUAGGAACUUUUGCAUAGAUUUUUGAAUCUCCUAGUGCCACACCUCUUGCGUAAAAGGCUCUCUGAUAUAUGUCCCCAGAAAUAUCAAAUAAUUUGGGCUGCUGCAGGGUGAUGGUUAUUUUUUUAGCUCUUCUGUCCUGGAAGGUCUUUUUCAGUUACUGAACUGUGCAUGGAAUUGUUUUCAUUGUUAAUUUUUUUAUAGUUUUAUCCUGAAAAUCUGUCAGAAGGCACGAUAAUGAGAAAUUAAAGAGUACAAAAAUUAUGCAAUCGGUAUGGUUUUCAGUAAAGCAAUAAAUAACUGAACUGUAAAGAACUUUAUUUAAUCAUGAAAAUGAACUUAUGCAAUUUUUAUUCUUGUGCUAUAGUGAUAAUUAUCUGAUUUAAUUCAGUGUGAUAAGGUGCUAUGAAUGUAUAAUUUUUGUAAGGUCAAGAAGCAAAAAAAAUUGGCCUGUUUGCUGAGCAAUAGAAUUUUGGAAUGAAAUUUUUGCAUAUCAAAUUUUUUUGAGGUGUUGCGCCUGGGGUUGUUUAAAUGAUGCAGAUCUGUUUUAUCUGGUCCUAUGCAAAUGUUCAUUGAAGCCAGGUAAAUUCUUUGUAUAUUUCUUCAGAAUUGUAUUAUAAAAAUGAAUUAAAGGAACUCUUUCCAGUAGUUGUAUUUUCCUA